AUGCAACCCUGUGCUUCAGGGACAUAUCAAGCUAUUACGGGCAAGUCCUCCGUUCAAAGUUGUCUACAAUGUCCAAUAGGAACUUAUGGCUCAACUUCUGGACAGUCGACUUGCACCGUUUGUCCAAGUGGUGCUUACUGUGCACUUGCUGCAAGCAAUCCACAAUACUGUGCAUCCGGGACAUAUCAGCCGGUUACAGAUGGUACCUCGAAUCUAGCUUGUUUAGCUUGCCCCGCUGGCACAUUUGCUCCAAAUUUGGGUGUGUCAAAUUGCAAUGAUUGCCCUAGUGGUACAUAUUGCAUGGCUGGAUCAAGUAGUACACAAGCUUGUCCUUCAGCAACUUAUUCGGCGAUUCCACAUCGUACUUCAUCUUCAGCUUGUUUGGCAUGUCCCAAUAAUUCAAACAUUGGACAGACAACUUGUCCAAGUUAA